UUUAGAACAACACAACAACAGAAGAUGCGGUGCAUGCCAGCUGUGCAACCACUUCACUUUCUUCUUCUUCUUCUUCUUCUUCUUCUUCUUCUUCUAAUCAGUGUUAGUUAGGGUUUUCAGAACUUCACUUUCUUCACUUCGCUUCACGCUCUCAGCUCUUACAAUCACUCAAAUCCCCAACGGAACCACCAUCGCAAUUCCUUUUCGGAUUUUCAUGGUGAAGCUCUUGUGUUGCUAGUGGAAUUAGUGUUGGUCUCUGGUAGAUAUUUAUGUGGGUUGAAGGUGGAAUUUUUCGAUUAGUGAAUAUUUUGAUGUGAACCAGUGGCACUCAGCAAGAGACUGUGACAUGUUUGGGCAGUAUUCACGUUGAGCGUGUUGAUGCUGACUUAGUCGGUAACAAAAAUAGGUUUCGUUGGAAGUGUUCGGAGUUUGGUUUGUUGUGAGAUUCUGAAAAAAUUGCUAAAACGGGGUCGCUUUGUUGUGUGGCUGCAAGGCCACAUGGGUCAAAUGCGGGCAGUAGGGACUGGUCCAUGGGACCAAACGAGCCCUACUGGCGGACGAAUACAAGUUUUUCGCCGCCUCCGACGAGAUGGGAUUUCAGAUUCCAGUCUGAAGGGCUGCCGUAUAGUUUGAGUGAUGGCGUUCAACUUUAUGAUGGGUCUCCGACAUCAUCAAAUAGUAAAGAAAGUAGGGCCUGGGUCCGAGGCAACCAGCUAUAUGAUCUUCAAUAUGCUGCUUCAGAUGGCACUGGGGUUUUUCUUAGCAGUCCAUCUGAUCUUUCUCAAGGUCCUCAAUGGACGCCUCCAGCAAUACAGGAAAUAAGUAUUGAUGACUAUGAGACUCUGACACGAAAAGGUCCUCAUCCUUCGGGCUUAGCAUCUUUUACGUGUACGAAGGAGGGAACUUCUAAAAAUCCCAACAGGGGAGGUUCGAUGUCAUCCCAAUCAGAAAGUAGUGAAUCUGAGUCUACUACGAAAUCAAAUUUAUCUUUUCAGAGGAAUUUCUCUAAUCAUCGUUCUUUCAUCUCUAAACCCAUUCAUCCUCUGUCCUUUCCUGACAUAACAACUACUAGGGAUGCCUUUGAUCCUGCAGUUACAACUUUUACUGAGUUUGAUACUUCUACUCCACUCAGAGAUGGACAGCGUUGGAGUAGUGCCAGCAGUAGUCAGGAUUUUGCAGAUGUUACAGAGUCAUUUGAAUUAGAAACACCCAGUCACCCACAUAUUCCUUCAGAUGGAUCUAGGUGUAGGUUGUGUGAAAGGUUUCUCUCACAAAGAUCGCCUUGGAGUACCCGUCGAAUUGUGAGAAGUGGAGACAUGCCUACUGCUGGGAUUCUUCCUUGUCGUCAUGUUUUUCAUGCUGAAUGUUUGGAACAGACAACCCCAAAGACUCGGAAAAGUGAUCCUCCUUGCCCAGUUUGUGUCAAAUUUGAGGAGGAAAAUUCCCCUGAUCAACGAGGAACUUUGAGAUUGAGGAAUGGUUUUCCUAGGCUUAAACCAUUUUGUGAGGAUGGACCCUCAAGAUCUUGGGGCUGUUCCCAGGCGGGGGAUUGUGUUGCAGGGGCUCUCCACGCACAGCCACGCAAUGCUAUGUUCUUACUUAAUCGAAAUCGCAUUAAAAGAAACCUUUCUUCAAAGGGUAAUUUAAGCAAGGAAUUUCCAGGUAAGAUUAGGAAAAGCGGGGCGUAUUCUUCACAGCUGUUUAGUGGAAGCUCUGCUGAUCAGGAAGCAGCUGGUUGCUCAAUGGCAACUGCAGGCCCAAGCAUGUAGAGGUUCAGAGAACAUUGUUUGAGUUCACAAGCUUACUGUCCCCCUUUAGUUAAGCCAAAUUUUAUGACAUGGUUUUGUAUAGAUUGAUGUUGUAUGUUUAUUGGAAGCCAGACUUGGAACUAA